AUGACACCACCUGGACGGCUCUACCUCCUGAGGGUGUGCAGCGCCCCCCUCCUCCUCCUUCUGGGGCUGCUGCUGGCCUUGCCGCCUGAGGCCCAGGGGCUUCCUGGUGUGGGCAGCUCACCCUCAGCUGCCCGGACUGCCUACCAGCACCCUCAGAAGCACUUGGCACCAGGCACCCUCAAACCUGCGGCUCAUCUUAUUGGAGACCCCAGCACCCAGAAGUCACUUCGCUGGAGAGCAAACACAGAUCGUGCCUUCCUCCGCCAUGGCUUCUCUUUGAGCAACAAUUCCCUCCUGGUCCCCACCAGUGGCCUCUACUUUGUCUACUCCCAGGUGGUCUUCUCUGGGGAAGGCUGCUUCCCCAAGGCCACCCCCACCCCUCUCUACCUGGCCCAUGAGGUCCAGCUCUUCUCCUCCCAGUACCCCUUCCACGUGCCUCUCCUCAGCGCUCAGAAGUCCGUGUGCCCAGGGCCACAGGGACCUUGGGUGCGCUCCGUGUACCAGGGAGCUGUGUUCCUGCUCACCCAGGGAGAUCAGCUCUCCACUCACACAGAUGGCGUCUCCCACCUACUCCUCAGCCCCAGUAGCGUCUUCUUUGGAGCCUUUGCUCUGUAG